GGACCAAGCUGCCAGGACAUUGGUCUUAUAUAAGCGUUGCACGGUAGACGCUACUAUAAGAGUCCUGCUUCACGCUGGUCUUCCCUAGGAUCUCCCGAGCUGUCUCACCCAACUCAACUUUAGGACGUGGAGCGAAUCACGCCAUGGCUCAGCAUGCGUCACAGAAUGGUGACUACUUCGCCAGCUCGGAGGAUUAUCCCAACGGUCGUGGAAAGGAAAAGCUCCCCUCUGACAACGGCACGCGAUCCAGCGCACCUACUCCCCCAGAUGCGGCCUACGACAACCAAGAAGGGGAGGUCUACGACCCAUAUGGAGGCAAGAAGCUGGGCAUGGUCCGAACGGCUCUGAUUUUCUUCACGAACCAAGUCGGUAUCGGUAUCCUUAGUCUGCCAGCCAUGUUGCACACCAUUGGCCUCAUUCCUGGCAUCAUCACCAUUAUUGCAAUGGGAGUACUGGCAACCUACACGGCCUACAUCCUCAUUCAGUUCUACCGUCGCUAUCCCUCCAUCAGAGAUGUGGUAGACGUCGCCAGGAUCAUGGGUGGCAAGCCAUUGGAGAUUCUGGUCGGCGCGGCGCAUGUGCUCAACCUCUGUCUCAUUUGUGCCUCAGCCAACGUCACACUCUCUAUUGCUCUUAACACGAUAACUGAGCACGCACUCUGUACAGUUGGAUUCAUUGGUAUCCCGAUGAUCAUGUGCUGGCUACUCUGUAUGCCUCGCAGCUUGAACUUCGCUGGAUGGUUUGGUAUCCCAGCGACCAUCAGUAUUUUCACUUCCGUUCUCAUCGUGGUCAUUGCGCUAGCUGUCAACGGUCCCGACUACACAGCAGUCGCUAAUGGUGGCAGCGGUUACUGGAACGAACCCAUCAAUCAGCCGUUGCAGAUGCGCCUCGGGCCCAAUCCAGGUGCCACAAUGAAUCAAAAAUUCGAGUCCGUGCUGAAUGUUGCCUUUGCAUACGCCGGCAACCAAGCGUUCGUUACCGUCAUGUGCGAGAUGCGCAACCCGAGCAAAGACUACACUCCCGCCAUCAUCUGGCUCAACGCCAUCGGUGUCCCCAUGUACGUCAUCGUAGCCUGUGUCGUCUACCGCCUCGCAGGUCAGUAUGUUGUCUCGCCCGCACUCGGCUCCGCGCCCGGCAUCGCCAGCAAAGUCGCCUACGGCAUCUUAUUCCCCACUCUGCUCGGUUCUGGUCUUGUCUUUGGGCACACGGGCAUUAAGUACAUGUACAACGUGAUCAUGGACAAGGUGAUCAAGACAAGGCACCGUUUGACUGACAACACGCCGCUCACGUGGGGUGUCUGGCUCGGACUUGGUACGCUAUUUUGGCUGACGGCGUUUGUCCUGGCGAACGCUAUUCCGGCAUUUGGCAGCAUUCUUGGUAUCUCUAGCGCGCUGUUUGUAACCUGGUUCACCUUCGGCAUGGCCAACGCGCAAUGGAUCUUCCUAAACUGGGGCCAGCAGUUCAUCAACUGGAAGAAGACAUCGCUGGCACUCUUCAACUGGUUUAUGAUCUUAGCCUCGGCGUUCCUCACUGUGUUCGGCUUGUACACGUCUAUCUCGGAUUUGAGCGCGAGGGUCAAUGAUCCCAACGACCCAUUGAAUGUGUUUACUUGCGCGAACAAUGCCCUAUUCUAGAGGGACAGCAUCAGGC